AUGACUGCGGUGCUGAAGGUUGAUCCGUUAAAGAUUACUUUUGAUGGGAUCCAUGCACGGAUUGCACCGUCGAAAACGCUGGACAAUCUGCGCAUUGCUGUAGAUGCUCUAAAAAAAGACCAGGUCGUGGCUUUCCCCACAGAAACCGUCUAUGGCUUGGGGGCUUCUUGCCAAAGCACUCCCGGUGUUCAGGGCAUCUAUGCGGCCAAAAACCGCCCGGCAGACAACCCUCUUAUUAUUCAUGUUUCGUCUCGUGAGCAGCUCGAAACCACCCUGUUGCAGUCCGUGCCCAGCCCCAAGAUCCCUCCGAUCUAUGUUCCGCUGAUUGAAAAGUUCUGGCCGGGUCCUCUCACUAUCUUGCUGCCAUUACCUGAAAACACCACAAUUUCUCCGGUGUGUACUCUAGGCCAGUCCACGUUCGGCGUCAGGGUGCCUGCGAAUCCAAUUGCUAGGGCACUGAUUGAAAUGUCCAAUCUCCCUCUUGCUGCGCCUUCUGCCAAUGCGAGUACGAAGCCAAGUUGCACAACUGCCCAGCACGUAUUCAACGACAUGAGGGAUCGCAUUCCGUUUAUCAUUGACGGUGGUCCUGCGGAUAUCGGUGUGGAAUCUACGGUUGUCGAUGGACUGGUCUCUCCUCCCCAGAUAUUGCGACCGGGCGGGGUCACUUUGGAACAGAUCCGCGAAAUAGGUGGCUCGGCUUGGAAGAAUGUUGUUAUUGCCAAGCCCAAUGCUAAAGAAAACGAAAAAGUACGCACGCCGGGUAUGAAAUACCGUCACUACUCCCCCCAAGCCUAUGUGACAGUGUUUCAGCCGGGAGCCGAACACAAGCUUGUUGAUUUUGUGAGGAACCGCAAGGCCACUAAAGUCGCUUAUUUGAGAUCAAAAACAUUCCCCAAGAGUGCAUUCGCCGGUCUUGAAAAUGUGCAAGUCUACGAUAUGCCGCUCGGAACAACAAACAAAGACAUUUCACACAACCUUUUUAACUACUUCCGGGAAGCUGACUCGUUAGGCGUUGAUCUCAUCAUUGUUGAAGGCAUUGACGUCACUGAAGAGGGUCUAGCCAUCAUGAACCGCAUUCAUAAGGCGGCAGGAGAGAUAGUUGAAGCUAUCUAA